CAGAGGAGGCUGAUCCUGACUGAGGGGAACACAAAUUGGUGAAUUCGCAAUAAUAAGUAGAUGAUGUCCGACUUGACCGCAGUCAAAGCUCCUGUAUGUUUCUCUGCUGACUCUGCUGCCGUUUGUUGAUACUCUGCUCCUGAAGUCACGUCACCCUCAUGUAAACAGUCAAAUGAGGUCACUUGUUUUUCUUGGUUUGUGUUUUUUUUAAUACUUCCUCUUCUUAUUUCGCGCCUCCUCCAAAUCUUUCCAUUGCUCUUCUCUCAAACAUGGUUGCCGUGAGUUUAACUGGUAAAACAAGAUGAUGAGGAUCGUGAUUGUUAUUCUGCUUCAGACUUUCUUAUGGACUGUGAUCACAGGAGACUCUGAGGUGUCCUGUGUUUCCAUGGAGAGCUGCAUCUUACCGUGCAGCUUCCAGGACGACACUGUUGUGGUCAUCCACUGGAUUCAGGUGUCAGCAGGACACAGUCCUGUCCACUCCUUCUACCACAACAAAGACCAGCUCGUUCACCAGGACCAGCGCUUCAGAAACAGGACGUCACUGUUCAAGGACCAGAUCUCAGGAGGAAACGCCUCCCUCCAGCUGACAGGGCUGCAGGUUCAGGACCAGGGGAGAUACAAGUGCUACACCAGCACCACCAAAGGAAACAAUGAUUCCUACAUCAACCUGAAAGUGGACGCUCCAGUUGGCAAAGUCGACCUCCAGCAGGUGGGAAACAGGAUCACCUGCAGCUCAGAGAGGAUCUACCCUCAACCUGAGCUCACCUGGUCCACCAGCCCUCCAUCCACUGUGACCUUCAAGAACCAAGCUGAAGUCCAGGAGACUGAGCAGCUGCUCUACAACAUCAGAAGUUCUCUGACAGUUUCAGACAGCGACUCUGAUCUGAGCUACAGCUGCAGCAUCAGCACUCGCAGAAACAAGAGGAGAGCCACUUUGUUUCAAACAACUUCUGUCAGUCAGUCCAGCUCUGCAACAACGAUCCACUGCACUUCCUCAAACACCUCCCUCACAGGCUUCAGUCUCACCUGGAGAUUCAACCACAGUCAGAUCAUCCUGACCCAGACCAGAGCUGACGUCUCCUCCUCAGUCUCAGAGGGGUGGAGCCAGCAGGUGAAGGGUGUGUCAGAGUCAGGCAGCCUCAUGCUACAGAACUUAUCUCCACAUCAUGAGGGAACAUACACCUGUGAACUGAGUGAUGCUGAGGAGACACUGAUAACCAACACCUUUCUGAGGAUACAGAGUCCAGAUCAGGCUUUACUCAUUCAUAGAGUCAUUAUAGGCGUGUUGGCUGCAGCUGUUUUGGUCUUAGCAGCAGUUGUUCUUGUCCAGCACUAUAAAAACAAAAGAGGUGAACAGAGAAACUGGAACAAAGUCAAACAAUGAUCAAACACCAACGGAAACAAAUCUCAAACAGAUCAGUGAGUCAAUGUUUCUUCAGAGAGGUGAAAUCCUGACGCACAAACCUCCGUCUCAGUCAAGUGAUGACUUUGGUCGUCCAUUUAAAAUAUGAACUAACGAGAGAAUCUUGCUUCUCUCAGCCUCAAAGUCUUUUAGCUGCUGUUUUUUGUUGCUGCAAACUGUCACUGAGGAGAAGCUUCGUCUGGACUCUCGGCACUAAAGCCCAGAUCAGUGAGAGCUGCAGUGAUGGUCGUCCUUCUGUCAUUUGAAAAUGUAUUUACCACCACCGCCUACUUUUUCUUUAUUUACUUGAUAACUGCACUGUUUACAUCUGAGUAUAUAUUCACAUGUAUAUACGUGGAUAUGUAUAUAACUUUAUUUAUUUAUAUAUUUUUGCUUUUCUUUAUUUUAUUAUCAAUUUAUUCAAUUACUUCUAUUAAUAAUUACAUUGUAUUUUAUCAUGUUAAUAUUGUGAUUGACAUUUUUGCCUUUUCUUUUAAUUCUUUGAUAUUUUAUUUCCAUUGAAUGAUUGUAAUUGUGCAUUUGCAACACAUUGAAAAUAUCAUGCCCAUAAAGCCUGUUCACCUGAACUGAAAGUCCAGCUGAAUGAAACCAUCAGACUUUAAUACUGUGUGUAAUUAAGACACAGCAGAAAUAUAUUUAGAAAUACUGAUUUAGGUCGUCAGUUAAUCUCGUCUGUUACAUCAUGUUGUAACACAAAUGUUUACUUUUAUUUUAUGGUAUUUUCCUCUAUUGUUUUUAUUUUAUGUGUGAAUGAAAUCUCAGAGCACUGACAGAUGAUCCCUGUUUUCAGUGAGUGUCCAGCAGAGGGCGCUGUCACCUCAUCAGCCAGUAAACACUGGACUGACUGUUUCCUCCACUGUCUCUAACCUGCGUCUUAGUCGACACAGAUGUUGAUGUUUUCACACUUCAAGCUCAAGAUAUUUGAAAUACACUGUACAUAUGUAUAUAUAUAUAUAUAUAUAUAUAUAUAUAUAUAUAUAUAUAUAUAUACACACACAUUGUUCAUGUAAAUAAAGUUUGGUAUU